AUGCAAAGUCAUCGCUGCCCGCCCGCCCACCCACACAGUCUUCGAGAAAACGACAACGAUAGCCUUUUAUGCUUCCAUCCUACUGUAUCCAAUGGCCCUGAGACUCGGAAAUGUGUCCAGUUGGAUGCAGAGUCAUCGUUGCCCACCCACACACACAGCCUCCAAGCCCACCACGACCAAAAACCGUUAUGCGUGAAGCUUUACUUAAGGCACCCAGGGGUGCUGCCGCAGACUCCUUCCCAUUGGCAUCGCAAACACAUCCUUUCCUCCUGUAUCCAUCCCCCUCGCAUACAACAACCACUCCGAAAGCUUUCACUCGCACAAUCUACUUUCUACCGCCUCCUGUCAGGUACCCUGCGCUUCCAUUCCGUCGUAGAGCUUUGCCGUCUUCGGGGAAUCAUGGACCCGUUGAGUAUCCUAGAACUGGUCGGCGCGGUAGAGCAGGUCGUCAGCCUUGUGCAAAAAGCCAUAGACACCCACGAUGCCUACAAGAAUAACGGAAGCUUGGCCACAAAAGUCCUCAAACAGUACCUCGAGCUCCAGAAAUUGACGGAGAAUGUCGCCAACGUCCCCAUUCACGACCUAGAACCCCUACACAAGAAUGAGUUGCAAGCACAGGUUCAAGUCGUGUCGCGCUCUGUUUCGGGGUUGGUCAAGGAACUCAAGGAUGAAACAGAGAAUCCGAAAGGUAAAUUACAUGCCUUGGCGUCAGCCACCGGAGUUCGAGAUGUCUUAUUGCAGCGCCAACAGGAAGCCGAAAAGCUCUAUGCUUCCAUUGAUAACGUAAGGAAGGAAUUGCACGGUGUGAGAGAGACGCGCAGACAAGGAUCGCGCGUAGUUCGUGAGAUACGCUCACAUGCACCGGUAGGCGACGUGUUCAAGCCCAGCUUCGCGGUUGAAUUCAACCCUUCUACAGUGCUCAUUGAUUUAAAGUCUACAUGUCGCGGCUGUACUGAUCCUGACACUGUAGAGAGAAAGCUAAAAGCGGCUGUUCUGAGCACCAGAAUAACUUCGCAUGUAGGCGCAACGGCAGUUGGACAAGCCGGCGUCGGAAAAACAUGUGCCCUCCGAGCAAUUGCACAUGAUGAAGAGGUUGUCAAGCGCUUUCCAGGGGGAGUAUAUUUUUCAACCCUAGGGAAAGACGCAAGAGAAGCAGAGCUGAAGCAACGACUCUGCGACGUUGUCCGCAUCUCUGGGGGACGUGAACAAGGGGACAAGCUGUCCAAUCUGGCCGACCUGGAUGGGGUGCUAACAGGGGUUAAAAGUUGGUUUUCAGGUCAUCAGUGCCUGUUCAUUUUCGAUGAUAUCUGGUCGCGCAACAACAAUGAUGAGAAGAUCCUGCUAAAACUCUCGAGCCUUGCCAGCACCGCAGUGCGCAAUGGUCAGCCAGCCAGCAAGGUUUUGUACUCCACAAGAGAUCGGACCCUAUCACAUCUUGGCGAGCAAGUUAAGUUUGAGCCGAGAGAAGGGCCUGAUGCGUACGACAUUCUGAUUCAUACGAGUGGAGCAUCGCGUGGUGAAGUAGAAAAUCCGAUAUCGAGAGAGGCGUUUCGCGAGAUUCUUGACAUGUGCGCGGGACUGCCACUGGCUCUGAAUGUAGCAGGAGCUAGUGUUAAACAAUCAAGAGGCGAUCUUGCCGGGGACGCACCAAAGCUGUGGACGUUGUACCUGAAAACGAUCAAAGAGAGCCCAGGAAGCGGUACGAUUGGCGCACAGGAGGCAAGGGGCGGUGUAGGAUUGGUUGACAUUCGAGUUCUGGCGAACACGGAAAGCCAAGGGGUAAGUCUUCAUGAUCUUACGCAUGAUUUCGCAGUCUUCGAAGCAGGCCAAGUGGACGGCCCCGGCUGGACCAAGCACUGGUGUCGAGAGCUGAUUGACAGCUAUCGGAAAGAGAGGGAUGUGCUCGAAGCAGUAGUUGAAGAUCAGGUCCCCAAGGAGGCUAGCGAGGCGGAGGAGGGAUAUUUUUUCGAGAAUAUUUGUCGACUACUUGUCGGGGCUGAGCUGAUGAAAGAGCUGGGCUGCUUGCUUCUUAGUAGCAGGUGGAUAAUGAAGGUGUUGCUAAGAAAAGCUGUGUGGCAGCUGGUAGAAGCGGUGGAGGAGUUGAGGAAGCUUGCUAGUGAGAAACCAGAAGCGAUUGCAAGUGAGCAGUUGUCUGCAAUAGUUCUGGUGAUGCAAGCUGCGCGGCUGAGUGUAUCGUCUUGCGAUGAGAGCGUUGCCGGUAUCUGCUUUCAGCUUUACAGCAGGACAAUGCACAAACGGGGCGUGAAGAGCGUGGAGAGCUUCUUGUUGGACAUCGAGAAGUUUGCGCCCAGACCGUGGUUACUCCCAAUACGUUCAUGUCUAACUGCAGCUGGGGGGAGGUUGCUGGAGUCCUUUAACACGCGCGAUUCAUAUGUUAAGAAGAUGAUGUUCGAUUCGGACGGCGCGGUCGUUGGACUGGCGUAUGAUUCCGGUGAGGGGAGCGAAGAUGUGGAAGUAUUCAAGAGUACCCAACACGGGGCAUUUAAUAAAACGGUUUGCGGCCCUUUCAGAUCAGAGGACGAAGGGGCUCUGAGCCGAACGGGAAGCGAGACAAAAAUGGCUCGGACGAGUCAAGCAGCGGCAGAAGGCCAAAGGCCAACGGCUAGGACGAUGACAGUGCCGAUGGCGUGA